CUUUCCGCUUUACUUUUAGCAAGUUUUGGCUGUUUUCCUCCUUUCUUCCUGUUCUUUUGCUCGUGCAGUUUAUUUUCAAAUGGUUUUCAAAACAGUGAGCCGAUGGGGCCUUCAAUCGAUUGUUCGGCAACCAGUUGAAUCGCUUUUGGCUUCCUCCAUAUAUAUUGCUAUUCUCUUUUGAACUCAAAGAACUCAUUGAAUUUGAGAUGGUUGCUGGCUGUUGAAGGAAGGUGGCAUGGGUGCUUGCAUCUCUGCAGGAAAGUUCGGAGACUACUGUCACGGAGUGCCAAAGGAGAAUUCAUGGUCGGCUGAUGAAGAAGAAGCUCAAAAAAGAGAUGCGAGCAGCGGAGGAGGAGGGAGGAGGAUCUGCUGUAGCGGCCAACUACCUCAUUAUGUGUCCCUCUACUCCCAACAAGGCAAGAAAGGCCCCAACCAAGACGCUGUUGUAUUCUGCCAGGAUUAUGCAACUGGAGGGGGAGCAUUUUGUGGGGUGUUUGAUGGUCAUGGGCACCAUGGUCACCAUGUGAGCAAAAGAGUGAGGGACUGGCUGCCUGCAGUGCUGCUGAGGCAAUGGAGGCAGUGGGCUGCCCAUGAAGGGGCAGAAGGGAAGAUGGUCACUGAUUCCUCCACAGCCUUUGAUGUUUGGAAGGAGUCAUUGUUCAAGGCCUUCAUGAUGAUGGACAAGGAGCUCAGGCUUCAGCAAGCCAUGGACUUCUCAUGUAGUGGCACAACUGCAGUCACUAUCAUCAAGCAGGGCGAUGACCUGAUCGUUGCCAACCUUGGAGAUUCAAGAGCUGUGCUGGGGACAAUUUCGGAAGAUGGGGCUUUGACCGCGAUCCAGUUGACCACUGACCUCAAGCCAAGCGUGCCACAAGAAGCAGAGCGUAUAAAACGGUGCAAUGGCCGGAUAUUUGCCCUGCCCGAUGAGCCUAAGGUGCAAAGAGUGUGGCUACCCAAUGACAACUACCCAGGGUUGGCCAUGGCCAGAGCCUUCGGAGAUUUUCGCCUAAAAAGUUUCGGGAUAAUUGCAGUUCCUCAGGUCUCUUACCGGCGACUCACCUCCGCCGAUCAGUUCAUCAUCCUUGCGACCGAUGGGGUAUGGGAUGUCCUGAGCAACAAACAAGUAGCAUCUAUUGUUUGGUCUGCACGGAGCAGAGAAAUGGCUGCAAAAAUGGUAGUGGAGGCUGCAGUGCAUGAAUGGAGGAGCCGGUUCCCAUCUUCAAAAAUGGACGAUUGUUCAGCAGUCUGCCUUUUCUUGCGUUGCUAGAAGAAGGCACAGUCAACAGUUUUGAAAGGUGGAUGGCUUACUGUAAAAAGACGCCAUGAAAACAUGAACACGUUUAUGCAACCGUGUUACGCCUGUAGCAGUUUCUUACGUUGUUCGUGUUUCAGUUGGUGCCAAACAUGUCGCUUAAGGAAAAAGUGUGAAAAUUAGAAACCUA